CCAGGUGUAAUACUCCAUUAACAGUGGAAUCUCUGUAACCACUACCCUCACUCUAAAACCUCUCUCUAUAUAAAUCUCAGAAACCCUUUUUCUCUCUCCUACUCCCUUCCCUUCCCUUCCACCUCUUCAGCAAAAACCCUAGAGAGAGAGUGAGAGAGAGAAGGAAAGAACCUUUUCUCUCUCCUCACUUACAGGCUUUUUAUUGCUGUCCGUACGUCUAUCCGUGAUGGCGGUGGCGCGAGAAAUACGAGUCCCUGCUCAAGUUGUUGCUAAUGCGUUUGUUCAGCAAUACUACCUCAUACAACAGCAAUCGCCGGGCCUCGUUCAUCGAUUCUAUCAGGAAGAGAGUAAACUGGGUCGUCCCGAGGAUGAUGGGACAAUGAGCACGACCACAACGCUGCAGGCUAUCAAUGAGAAGAUACUGUCCCUUAACUGUGGCCAAUACAGAGCAGAGAUUACAUAUGUGGAUGCACAGGAAUCUUACAAUGGGGGAGUGCAUGUCCUUGUAAUUGGGUAUUUUGAGGGGAAGGAUAACAUGAUCAUUAGGAAUUUCACGCAAACUUUCUUCCUCGCGCCACAAGAAAAAGGCUACUUUGUUUUGAAUGACGUAUUUCGGUACAUAGAGGACAUCAAUCAUCUUAGAGGAAACCAGAAUUCCUCUACUGACAUGGGGGCUCCUCUUUCUCCAAAGCAGGAUCAGUUUCCUGUGCAGGAGAUUCAUGUCGCUGAGGAAACAAAGGUCCCCGUAGAACUUAAUAGGGAAGAAGCACCCAAUCCCUCCCACAAUCGAGAAUUAUCAGGUUGGGAAGAGGACAAUGAAGAAGUAUCCGUUGUUGAAGAGGACUACAAGGAGGUAUCAGUUGUGGAAGAGGUUUCAGUGCCUGAGGUUAUUGACGAAGUACCAGAUGAAUCACAGCUUGUGGUUGAAUCGCAAUCCAAAAUUGAAGUUCCAAAGAAGUCGUAUGCUGCUAUUGUCAUGAAUAUGAAGGAGAGUGAUGUGCAGUUAUCUCCUUCACCUCCUCCUCGGCAGUCUGUUGCAAAGAGCCAAGAGCAGCAACAAGAGAACAUUGUUCAGGCAUCAGCCUCAGUGGCAGAGACUCCAGUUUCUGGUCCGGAUGCCAUAGAGGAUGGUGAAGAUCAAGAGGAAGAAGCUGAUGGUUAUUCAAUUUACGUAAAGAAUCUGCCUUAUGAUAUAACACCUGCCCUGCUUGAGGAUGAAUUCAAGAGGUUUGGAGCUAUAAAGAGUGGCGGUAUUCAAGUUCGGAGUAACCAACAGGACUUUUUCUGUUUUGGCUUUGUGGAAUUUGAGGUGGCAACAGCUGCGCAAAGAGCAAUUGAGGCUUCCCCUCUUUCAAUUGGUGGACGUCGAGCUGUUGUUGAGGAAAAGAGGUCUACUUGUUCCCGAGUGAACGGGUAUAGGGGGCGGUAUCCAACUGCAAGGGCACAUGAGUUCAGGCAAGAUGGAAACUAUGGAAAUGUCAGAGGCAACACGCGUGGUGAUUUCGGCAGGACACAGCAUGGUGGUUUUAGGGGUGGCUAUCGAGGUGGGUUUUCUAGCCGUGGUGGAUAUCAAAGAGUUGAUAACAUGGGCAGUAAUGAUGGCCGUAUGAAUCGUGGUGGUGGGAUGGCUUCUAACGGAACAGCUAAAACUGCAGCACCACAGGUGUCUGCUUCUGCUUGAGGAAACCAGAGGUGGUCAGUGAGGGAUUAGUGUAGUUUUUUUUGGCCCUUUCAAAAUGGAGGGAUACCUUACCCUUUUUUCCAAGUAGAAGUCAAGAAAUUGGAGGUUAAUAUCCUUACUGUUGUUGCACAUUUCUCCCCUGUUAUUGGGCGAGGUAUAAGUUAACUAGAAGAUGAGUUGAGGUAGAUUUUGUUUGGUAGUUUACAAGCGUAUGUGCUGCCCAGGGUUUGCUUAUAUUUGCUAUGUGGGCAUUUCGGAUUCGGUCAAGAGUCUCUUUUAGAGCUCCAUGGCUUUUGAUACAUAGUGGGAAUGAUACAUGAUUGCAGCUA